AGGCUUGUGAUGGUAGGGUCCUUGCAUGUUCCUUUUCAUGAGUGGUCUCCCAUUCCCUCUUGACUCCGAUACGUUCACAAGAGGUUUCAUCCAUCCACUAACACUUACCAGGCGAACAAGAGCAAGAGCCAUUACCACAGGACUUCCCCCCGCAGAUUCCUCAUGUGCAGGUUAUGCAGGGGAGUGGUCCCUUGGGUCAGUCGCAGCAAUUACAACACCUCGGCAUGCCUUCAGGCAUGAAAGACGGUCUCAAGCCCUCCGUGAAUCCAUCGACCCAGCAGCCACAUUUCACGAAUCCGUUCGGGUAUAGUCCGGCGGAACCUCACCAGCAACCUCAAGCUGGCUUCCAUCAUGUUAAUCCAUGGCCUUCGUAUAUCCAAGGUCAGGAGCAAAGUGAGCUGCCGCAAGCAACUAGCCUUCCACAUCUGGCGCCUGCACCUCGAGAGGAGCCACGUGCUGACUCGCAUCACGACUAUGUGGAAAUGCAGCUCUGCGCGAACUUCGGCCAUUAUGUCCCGUCGGGCAGGUGGGACGUGGAUAUUACAAGCGGAAAGCAGGUCUGGCGGCUGAUGUAGUCCUAGGCGUCUGGACUUGGCUGUCACGCUAGGCACGAAAAAAGUGGCAUAC